GCUGCAGGUAAGUAUGAAAAGAAGACGAAAGAGGAAUAGAGAAGGAAAAACUGAAAUUCAGGUACCGCCCUUGUUGAUGGGAUGAAAGAAGACAAUGGACAGCUAAUGAAGUUCAAACUCUGCCCUAAUUCAAUCUCCUCCCUUAACUUCAGACAAAAACUACAAACUCGGGUGAGGCUGCAGUGAGCCACAUAAGCAUUAGCAAAAGAAUAAAAUAAAAGGAGCAGAAGGAAGAAAAGAAGUAAUAUCUAACGAAGGACAGCUGUUAGCGCAGUGGUCGUGUUGCUGGAGAGAGAGAAGAAAUGGAGAUCUCCACUACACUGGUUCUAGCUGGCCUCGUGCUGGUUCUGGUGCUGCUUCUCAGCUGGGGGUGGAACCGUAAGGAUGUUAAUCUCCCACCAGGCCCCAAACCACUGCCCCUGCUGGGGAACCUAAUGCAGCUGGACAGAACUGCUCCCUUCAAGAGUAUCCUUGAGCUCAGUAAAAGUUAUGGCCCGGUGAUGACUGUGUACAUCGGCCCCCAGCGUCAGGUGGUUUUGGUGGGAUACGAAACUGUGAAGGAGGCUUUGGUGGACCAAGCUGAAGACUUCACUGGCCGAGCCCCCUUGCCGAUCCUUCAAAAAAUAACAAAAGGCUAUGGUUUGGUGAUCAGUAAUGGGGAUCGCUGGCGUCAGCUGAGACGUUUUACACUAAGCACCCUCAGGGACUUCGGCAUGGGACGAAAAAGGAUGGAGGAAUGGAUUCAGGAGGAGAGCAAACACCUAGUAGACAGCCUGGCCAGUACAAACUCUGCCCCAUGUAAUCCCACCUUCAUCCUGAGCCAGGCUGUAUCCAACGUCAUCUGCUCAUUGGUGUUUGGCCAGCGGUUUGAGUACAAAGAUCACACCUUUCUGCGCCUUCUCAGCAUCACCAACCAGACUCUGCAGUUCAUCAGCAGUCCUUGGGGACAGUUUUGUAACACUUUUCCUUGGCUCAUGGAUCACCUGCCAGGGCGUCACAAUAAAAUCUUGGCAGAUGUUGAGGAACUGAAGGCAUCUGCGGAACAGAAAAUUCACAAACAUCAGGAGACCCUGACUCCUGACUACCCAAGGGACUUCAUCGAUUGCUUCUUAACAAGACUCAAACAGGAGAAGGACAACCCAUCGUCUGAGUUCCAUUAUAACAACAUGAUAUUCACAGUGAUCAACCUCUUCUUGGCCGGAACUGAAACCACCAGCACAACCCUCAGAUACGCUCUAAUGUUGCUUAUAAAGCACCCAGACAUACAGGAACGGGUUCAGCUUGAGAUAGACACAGUCAUUGGACGAGACCGUUGUCCAAUGAUGGAGGACAGGAAGUCCCUCCCCUUCACCGAUGCUGUGAUACACGAGGUGCAGCGGUUCCUGGAUAUAGUACCAUUCAGCCUUCCCCAUUAUGCAACACGGGACAUUUCUUUCAGAGGCUACACUAUUCCUAAGGGGACAUUUAUAAUUCCUUUCCUGCACUCUGUGUUGAGAGACGCCUCCCAAUGGGCGUCCCCAUGGGAUUUUAAGCCUGAACACUUCUUGGAUCGCGAUGGAAACUUCAAGAAAAAUCCAGCUUUCAUGGUCUUCUCUGCUGGUAAGCGGUCCUGUGUUGGGGAGUCCUUGGCAAGGAUGGAGCUCUUCCUGUUCCUGGUGUCCAUACUGCAGCACUUCACCUUCUCCUGCCCUGGGGGGCCUGACAGCCUGGACCCCACCCCUGAGUAUAGCAGCUUCGGUAGACUUCCAAGACAGUAUCAGCUCAUUGCCACCCCCCGGUGACCAUCUGAUGGUAUGUGCGUGUUUUAGAGAAAUAAGGAAGCCUGACAGGCAUUAUCAGUCCUAUUGAGGAUUGUCAGGGCCUGGAAAUCAAGGUAUCAGUUAUGGUACUGGAUCAGACCACAGCCAUGCAACAUGUAAUUCGAAUAUGUUAGUUAGUGUCCUUGCAUCACUCUCUGCCACUCAGCAUUUAUCACUGGAUCCCAUAAAGCACACUGUCUGAGUCUCUGUAUUGUCAAAGCUGAUUUACAUUUAAGGUACUUAAAUGUGUUUUGCUGAUUUACAUAAUAGUGUUUUGCGAAUAAUAAAUUUGCGGUGAUCGUG